AUGAGAACAUUCUCUUCCGUCGGUAACUAUCCUUUACAACAUCCACUUUCAUACUGCCUAACUCCCCUAUUGGUUUCCUUUCAGAUCAUCACUGGGGAGUUCUACCGCAUCUACUACCUGAAGGAGAAGUCCCGGUCAACAAUUCAGAAUCCCUAUGUGGCAGCCCUCUAUAAGCAGGUGGGCUGCUUCCUCUUUGGCUGUGCCAUCAGCCAGUCCUUCACAGACAUUGCCAAAGUCUCCAUAGGCCGCCUGCGUCCUCACUUCUUGAGCGUCUGCAACCCCGAUUUCAGCCAGAUCAACUGCUCCGAGGGCUACAUCCAAAACUACAAAUGCAGAGGGGACGACAGCAAAGUCCAGGAAGCCAGGAAGUCCUUCUUCUCUGGCCACGCCUCCUUCUCCAUGUACACUAUGCUGUAUUUGGUGCUGUACCUACAGGCCCGCUUCACUUGGCGAGGGGCCCGCCUGCUCCGGCCCCUCCUGCAGUUCACCCUGAUCAUGAUGGCCUUUUACACGGGACUGUCGCGUGUGUCUGACCACAAGCACCAUCCCAGUGAUGUGCUGGCGGGAUUUGCUCAAGGAGCCCUGGUGGCCUGCUGCAUAGUUUUCUUUGUGUCCGACCUCUUCAAGACCAAGACGACACUCUCCCUGCCUCCCUCAGCUCUCCGGAAGGAAAUCCUUUCACCUGUGGACGUUAUUGACAGGAACAAUCACCACAACAUGGUGUAGGUGCCGCCCACCUCCUGAGCUGUUUUAUGAAAUGACUGCUGACAGCAAGUUCUUGCUGCUCUUCAAUCUCAUCAGACAGUAGAAUGUAGGGAAAAACUUUUUGCCCAACCGAUUUUAAAAAGGAAAAAAAAAAAGUCUUACUUUGUGGCCUUCCAAAAUAGGUAGCGUUCACCUAUGUGGAAACAACAGCAGAUUAACACCAAGUGCCGAAAUCCUGGAUGUGCAAUUGGUUUAAGUGUUCAUGUUCUAGUGAACACGGGCUUGUUCUGGAACAAACACUAAAAAAUGAUUUGCAUAGAGUCUGCCGAUCACCCUUGCGACCCGAGGAAUCCCAGGCCUGUGAGAAAAAGCUCAAAUUCCCAUUGUAGCACACAAUGCCAGAAAUAGCACUGAAUCAAGAAAAUAGCCAUGGGGGGCUCCUCUCUCGUGUCUCUCUGUCCACACCACUCUGUUCUGUACUGUGACUUCGGUUCAGGAAGUUAAAUCUAAGGAAAGAGCAGGUUUUCUACGCCAGGUGAUUUGAUCCUGAGUCCCAGCUCCCAUUCCUGAGGCCUCAGCCCUCACUCCCCCGGCCCACAGGCCAGCAACCACAGCCCCUCACGUUAGUGAUUAGGAGACUCUUUGUGGAUGAGUGAAUUUCGCAAAUAGCACAAUUUCAGAAGAGCUCGAGGGUGCUGGCCCUCCUUUGUCUUCUUUUGCCGCGUCCUGCUGUCGUGGGGGACCGUCGGCUACGGGAGGCCUCUGUUGUGUUCACCAGUCACCCAGCACCUGCACGCCCUCGGAUAAUAGUUAGUUAGCUUCCGUCACUGCUUUCUCCCUCGAGGCCCUUGCUGUGUGCCCGCCAGGGUUUCCUGGGAGGGUCCGGACACGAGUCAAGGCAUGCUCUGCCGCCAGCUAAUGGAAAGCAGCCUUAUGCACAAGAGACAUGGGAGUGAAGGGGCAAGAAUGAAAAAACCCACCAAGCUUUUGGCUACUCGAAGUCAGAAUGAGCCAGAGUAGCAGACAGUCUCACGCCUGAGAGGCUACCCUUCCAGAUCUCGGAGCUGACGAGGGUCUCUGUGGGUGCUGCUCUUGCUAAGCUGUGUAAAGCACUAUUGUCUUGGGGUUGAUCUCUAGGGCAGUUCUUGGUAGGUUCUGCUGGGCAGAACACAUGGGUUAAAUCUCCGUAGAGUUUUUCCCAUCCUCUAUCCAUAAGUGUCCUUCCAAGCAAGGCCUCACUCUAGGCAGUAGACAGGGAUCCUUUCUACUGAACCUUGGAGGAAAGGAGGAAGGAAGAAAGGCUUUUCGAUCACGGAUGCAGACCUUUCAAAGGGCUAAGUGUAACCACAUGGAUCAACCACGCGCAUAGCCUUACUACAGAAGCCGUCCUUUCAUUUCAACUCCUAGCAAGCUAUGAUUUUUAUAUAUAAAUAUUAUAUAAAUAAUGUAUAAAACAUUAAAAGUUAACUAUGUAAGAUAUUAUUUCUGAAACAAUUUUAGCUAUAUCCACUAUGAUUAUAAACUGUGUCUCGACCUGUGUUAUUUACAUUAGCUGCUUAAAAAAGCAUUGAGUUAUUUUUUUUUUAAUAUCAACUAAAAUACCGUAGUUCUGUGGUAGACGUUGUUUUACAAUGAAAGAAAUAACUACAACUAGAGAAAACUGUAUAAAAACAUUAAAGUGUCAGUAUUUUUGUAAGGUUCCAUUUUGUAAAGAGAAUACUAUUCAAAGACUUUUGUAGAAUACAAAGUGAAAACUUGUAUCUGCGAAACUAUACUUGUAUUAAAUGUGCUUUUUAAAUAAAAGCUCAUAACACAACUAA